AUGUCUGAUGAAGAGUCCGGAGACUCCUCCGAUGAGAGCACAAUCCAGCUCGACUUCGACUUCUUCUCCCCGACUGAGAUCGAUUACCAAGCAUUCCAUCGUCUACUUAUCCAGCUUUUCCAGUCAGAUGCAGAACCGCUGCAUCUGAGGGAUCUAGCAGAUCUCAUCAUAUCCCAAGGGCAUAUUGGAAGCACGGUCAAGUUGGAUGGGGAGGAGAGCGACCCGCUCGCAGUACUCAGUGUAGUUAACAUGCGCGUUCAUGCGGACAACCCUGCAGUACGAGCGAUUCGAGACUAUGUGUUAUCGAAGACAUCUGCCGAUCCAGCGUUUGAAAAGACCCUCCAAGCGCUGUUCUCUGCGGACAAGGAACAUGACGUCGGACUAAUCUUGAGCGAGCGGUUGAUCAACAUGCCUGUUCAAAUCAUUCCGCCGAUGUGGAAGAUGCUCGGUCAAGAGGUACAGGCAGCACAAGAAGGGGGACAGCCAUUCCAAUUCUCGCACUUCUUGGUCGUAUCAAGAACUUAUCGUGCACCUAAUGAUGAGGAUGACCCUAUGGAUGGGGAAUCGGCACCACCAACAAAGAAGUCGAAAAAGAUGUCCAAGAAGAAGUCUGCUGCCGCGGCAGCCGGUGCUUCAAUGACAUACCCAUAUCACGAAGAAGAUACCCUAAUAUCACAAUUAUCACUGCACGCACUCGACUACGCUUUUACCAAUGCGCUUCCACGAGAGGAUGGUGGAUUUGGGCUUGACAUGGGCGGAAGAGUCAUGUUGUUCGAAGCUGGCCGUUUCCCAGAUGUAGUCGCAGCUCUGGAAAGAGAAUUUCCCCCUCCCUCCGCAGCUGGGUCAUAA